AUGAACGAUGUUACACCAUCUCCAUCUAGUCAAUUUACGUAUAUCAAAUUCCGUAAACGCAAUANNNNCCCUCUACAGUUGUUUGAUCGUGGUUUAGGACAACGAAACAAAUCCUAG